UUGGCUCGAAAGAGACGGAUUUUCUUAUAUUGUCCAAUUAGGCAAUCGUUAAGAACGAUUUUCUAUAUUAGGAGUUAGUUUACAUUAUUGACAGACGAACAGAAAUCGAUGUUUAAGAAUCAAUACGAGUAAUCGAAGCAUUUAUAUUUUAAUUUUAAUACCGAUAAGUAUCAACUCUGACGAAUUUAAUUUUGUGGUAAUAUAGUCAUAUCUUUCAAGACAGUUUUUCUAAAUGAGUAUCAUAUGUAAUAAUUAAUAUUGCAUUUAAGUAUCAUAAAACAUAAGGUGCAAUACAAUUAUUACAAUCAACUUUUUAUAUUUUAACGCCUAAGUAUUUUAAAAUUUAAAAUGUGGCAUGGAGAUUGGUCAAAACUGAAUGAAAAAUUCAGUUCAGUCAUAGAAUGUGGGAAACAUCAACAUAACACAGUUAAUGAUAUGAAGACAAGUUUAUGGACAUUUUUGACAGGAGUUGAUAAAUGGUAUCUUAGGAUUAGAGGCUUAGAUCCUUUCUUGUUUGGUGAAGUGUAUACAUCAUCAUUGCUUACUAACUGGGCUAAAGAAGGUUCUCUCCUGCCUUCACAAGGUAUUAUCCAAGAUGGAAAAGCUGAUAAACAUGCUAAACAUGCAGUUAUAUUAGUUGAUACUAUAAUAUAUCAUACAACUUUUAUGUUACAUACAUUAACAGUUGCCUCAGCUACGUGUGAUAUUUUGAGAGACAAAUUUCUUCAAUAUCGAAUUAUAUGUGGAGAACUUAAUCGUUGUUAUUCGUUAGAUGAUGCUAUAAAGUGUGUUAGUAGAGACGACAUGUAUUCAAUUGUUAAAAAAAUGUUAUCUGAAAAUCUUUUAGAUAAAAGAAUGGGAUCAGCUGCAUUUCUGAUAUCUUAUAAAUUAUUUGAUAUAAUGCUAGAAACAGCUGAAGCAAAUACAAUGAUAAAAGAAUUUCAAGAUGAGUGGAAUAAAGAAGCAAAAAAUUGGAAAGAGAUGGGAAAUGCUGAAUAUAAAGAUGGUCAAUAUAAUAGAGCUGUAGCUUCUUAUACUAUGGCAAUUAAAACUAAUCGUUACAGUGCAAUACUGUAUGGUAAUCGUGCACAAGCAUAUUUAAAACUAGGGAAAUUAGAUGAAGCAGAAUUAGAUGGACGACGUGCUAUUGUUUUGAAGCCAAAUUGGUCAAAAGGAUAUUAUAGAUUAGCUCAAGCAAUUGAAGGACAAUGCAGAUUUCAUGAAGCUCAUUGUAUUGCCUCUUAUGGUAUAAAGAAUUGUGAGGAAGCACCAAUUAGCAAAGAUAUGUUAAAAAUUGUAGAAGAAAAGAUAGGUAAAAAAUGUAGGAAUGAAGGUCAGUGUAGCAAAAAGUAUAAAAAAUUAACUUUGGAUCACAGUAAAAGUACAGAUGGAUUACAUAUAAAUGACUCAUCUAUGAAACAAAUAGAGACAAAAAAUGAAGAACAUUGGCCUACUGAUAUUCCAGAAUUAACUGAUUCAGAUAGUAAUUCUGAAGAGCCUAGUACAGAUAUUACAUGUGAUAUCAAAGAAGAAUUUGGUAGUACUAAUAUAGAUAGACUAAAGCAAUUAUUAAAAGAAGGUUCUGAGAAUUUAAUAGCUGGUCGAAAUCAAUGUGCUAUUGAUAAUUAUGAAGAAGUUCUUGGAGAAAUUGAUUUAUCAUCUGAAAUUUAUAAAAAAUUAGAACUCGAAUCAUUAUGUUUUAAGUAUGCUUUAGGUAUUGCUUAUGUUGCAUCUGGAACUUCAGAAGAUAUCCAAAAAGCUAUAGCAAUGUUUAAUAAUGUUUCAAAAGAUGUAAAUGUUAAAAAGUUUCCUGCUAUAUAUUAUGGUUUAGGUAAAGCUUAUUUUAAGUUAAAUAAAUUUAAAGAUGCAGAAAUAUCAUUAAAACAGUGUCUGUCUGUCAUAAGUGAUGAAAUGAUUGCACUCACUUAUAAUUGGCCAGGAACUUCCAUAGAAAUAGAAGAAACAGAAAAAAAUAAACUGUGCCAAAUGAUUAAUGAAUUAAUUGAGAAAUGCAAUAAUCCUCCAGAUCCUGAUGCUAUCUGUCGAUAUCCUGAAUGUACUUUAGAUCGUAAGAUUUAUUAUAGUGAUCCUCAUUUCAAGGGUUUUUGUUUAGUUCGUUGUCAUGAUCAGUGUAGUGUGGAAUAUCAUUCAUCUUGUUGGAAGUUAUUAAAAGAAGGUUUAGGCCGUACAGAUAAAGAAUUUUUGGGACAACCAUGUAUAACACCUGAUUGUGGAAGUGCUAUUGUUCAUGUUAAAAUUUUAGAAAAAGAUGGUACUGUAUUAAAGCAAUUUGAUGAUAGUGUUAAUUAUAAAGGUAAAACUAACCAAAAACAUCGCAAGAAUAAAUUAGAAAAGAAGUUUGAGCAGAAAGAGCGUAGAAAAAAACGUAAACAAGAAAGUCAGAUUUCAAAACCGGAAGUUAAUCAAAAUGUAAAUCCUGAAAAUUCUGAACAUGAAGAACAAUCCAGUAUUGAAGAUAAUUCAAUAAACAAGCAAGAAAUUGAAAAUCCUCCUACAUACCAGUCAUGUGAACCUGUAAAAUCUAAAGAUAAUAUCCAGCCUUUAUAUACAAAAAAUUCUGUACCAAUUUGUGUCCUGAAAAAAGAACAAGAAGAAUUGUCAAAAGAUACAAAAAUUAAAAAGACAAAAGAUCGAAAAAAGCAAAAAGGAAAAAAUAUAAUGAGUGUUGAAGAAUUCUGUGAAGGUACAGAAAGAUUUUCAUCAUAUAAUGAAUAUCAGCUUCGCUUGAAACGUCUGGAAGAAAGUAAACGUUUGAUGGAAGCAGAUGUAAAUCCUGACUGGAUUGAGUUUUGUGAAAGAAAAGCAAGACUUGAACAACUAGAUUCAAUGUCAUGUUUGCAAAAUAGUGCUGAUGAUGAUCUGAAAUAUAUACAUCCCAAUAAUGAAAUAAAUGAUGAUGAUGAAAUUAGAAAUAUUAAAGAAAACGUUUAUUCAUUUAUUGAAGAGUUUUUAAAAUUCAAAGGACCUAUACAUAAAAGUGAUCCAACUCUCUUGAAUGAAAUUGCAGUAUUUCCAUGUAAAACACAACAAUUGAUUGCAGAGGAAGGUGGAUUAGAAAAAUUUUUAUUAAGUAGUAUAAAUUUUGCAAUUGUUAAUGAUUAUAUUUGUUUAAUAGAAGAUGUUUUAACUGUUUAUUCAUUGCCUAAAUAUAAAAAAUUUUCUAAUACAUUAGAUUCUUUGGAUACAUUUGAAGAUUUUAAUGAUAUUAAUGAAUCAGAAGGGAAUAUGCCAAAUUUAUCAAAUAGUUCUUCAAUUCUCAACCCAUGUGCUAAUGAAUAUAAUCCUAUAAAUGCUUUUUUUGAUAUAGAAAAUGAAGAAAAUGAAACUAACAUUUUGCCACUGAAUUAUAGAGAUGACAAUUUAUUAUCAUUAAGCAAUGACAAAGUGGAUAAUGUACAACAGCCAAAUUUAAUGUUCUCACUUGAAAAUGAAAAUAUUUCUGCAACUAAGCCAAAAUGUUUUUUUCAUUCAAAUGAAGAUUUUGUUAGUAGUAAUCCAGAUGAAAAUUCAGAGGAGGAAAAGAUAGAUCCAAUAACUGGAAAAAGUUUUAGCAUUCCUGAAAAAAAUAUCUAUUCAGUUAAUUCCUCUGAUAUAGAAAAAGAAACUUUACAUCUUAUUCCUUUUGAUAAUAUGUCAUCUGAAAAUUUAGUAGAAUUGAGUAUUUCACUUUUGAAUCAUCUUUCUAAUUGUGAAAUUUCUAAAGAUGAUAUAACUGAUAAAAUAAACCAAAGUCUCAAUUCAUAUAAAUUAAUAUUUGAUGAUAAGAAAGAGAAAUUGAUUACAAUAACUGAAAAGGAAUAUUUAGAAUAUAAUGUCAAGAUAUCAUCAUUAGAAAAAGAAAAAGAGCAAAUUGAAGAUAAUUAUUCAUCUACUUUGGAUAAUUUAACACAGUUGAGAAAUAAAUAUACAUGUAACAUGUCAAUGAUCCAAAAGUCUCUUGAUGAUGCAAAUGCUGAAAACACUAAUUUGCAGAAGAAAAUAAAUGAUAUGCAAUGUAAAAUAGAUAAUAAUAAGAAACAAUGGCAGCAAGAACGAAGUAAAUUACAAGAUGAAAAUAAAAAAUUACAAGUAGAUUUUGAGAAUUUAACUUUAGAAAAGAAAGAAUUAAAAAAACAAUUUGAUCAGUUACAACAAGAAAAUGAAAAGGUAAAAAAUGACUUAAAAGAGGAACGUGAAAGUAAAAAGCAUCUUCAAGAAACUAUAGAUUCAUUUUAUAAACAUUCUAUGGAAUUAAGAAGCUCUGAACAGAUUGGUGGAAUAAGAAAAUCACCCUCUUCACAGCGAAUGCCAAAUUAUCAUUAUUUUUGUCCACCAAAUUUGCCAAUUCCUGCACAAAAUUUUCAUCUUUCUCGUCCAUCUGUGCCUCAUCCUUUAAGACCAUCUCGAAGAAUAGAUGGUUAUCCUUUGUAUCCUCCAACUUUUAAUCAAAUUCAAAACAGAAUGCCUAAUUCAUUUGCACCACCACCACCAGGUUUAGAAAUAUUUCCCCCAGGUCUAAAUGAUUAUCCAAAAUCACUUGUUAAUGAUCCUAUAGAUAAAUCUCCACCAUUCUUCACUUCAACUAAUCCUGUUUCAACAGCAGCAAAAUCUGCAUCUAUUACUGAUCCAUUUUCAAUUUCAAAAGAACCGCUUUUUACAUCUAUAAGUAGUUUAACAUCACCUGAAGAUAAUAAAACAAAAUCUAAAACUGAUGAUAGGCAAAAUUUUUCAUUUUUUUCAAAUGCUGAAAGUUCUGGCAGCAAAAUUUCAUCUAUUUCAAUGGUAAAUAUGAGUUUAAAAUCAAAUUAUGGAGACUCAAAAACAAUUGCACCUCCAAAGUUGCAACUGAAGUCAAUUACAGAUAAUAGUCAGGGAAAUAGUUUUGAAAAAUUAAUGAAUAAAUUACAUAUGCAAUUCCCAAAUAUGAAUCGAACACAAUUGGCAAAUUAUCUGAAAGAAUACAGAGCACAGCGUAAUAAUUCUUUAAACGGGAUGACUAUAGAUGCUAUUAUUGCAGGAAUAUCAGCAUUAAUUAUUAAAGAACAAAAGAAUUCAGCUUGUAGAUCUACAUAUCCAGCUGCUUUCUUGAAUAAUAAUGACUCGCAAGACGUAUGGACAAAACCAGCUGCAAAAAUGACACCCUGGAGUACAUUAAGUAAAGAUUCUUCAGAUAACAGUUGUAGUAUUUGUUUAGAAGACAUGACUCCAUUCGUUUCAUUUAAAAUUGAAUGUGGACAUUCUUUUCAUUAUAGCUGCAUUCAUGAAUGGGUAACUAAACAGAGUACUUGCCCAAUUUGUCGUGUUCACAUUUUAUUGCCAGAAGAAUUCCCAGCAUUGGGCCAACAUUAAUUUUAUCAUCUGUUUUUCUUUUGUUUCAAAAUUUAAUAAUAUAGUUAUUGGUUUUACUCUUCAGCACUUUUCUUUCAUUAUAAAAAUAGAUGUACUGUACAUUAUUUUAGUGCCUUAUCCUGCAUUAACAAAUAAACUGUGAUAAAUUGUCUGUGAUAAUUACAGUACGGGUUCUUAGAAUUAUAUCGUAUGCAAUGUGCCAUAAUUACAAAUAAAAAUAGUUUUAUACAAACAUAAAUAUCAUAUGUUUUAUAACUAUCCUUUGUCAUG